UCCAACAAUCAUUUGCAACUUGCAAUACCAGAAAAGGACCAGACUAAGGAGUCACGUAGCUCCCGGCUUUUAAUCUUCAAACAAUUGAUAAGCUGCCAAUUCUACUGGACCAUCAUUUCCAACAAGAAAGGCUCCAAUAGUCUCUCUAAUAUAUCGAACCAAUAAACAGGUUUGAAGUACGAUUCAGCUUUCCAGUAUUAUCACUUGUCAAGAUGCAGGCUGAAUUCUUCGAAAGUUAGCUGCCUGCUAAGAGACGAACAACUAUGACUGAAGCUGGCUCAAGUGGGUCUCCCACUCCAGGCAGGCUUGAGGGAAAACGUGCUGCAAUGGUAGUGUGUUGGUUUCUUGGACUGGGAUCACUGGUCUCAUGGAAUAGUAUGCUGACUAUUGGAGACUACUAUUAUGCCUUGUUUCCUCACUAUCAUCCUUCAAGGGUACUCACCCUAGUUUAUCAACCAUUUGCCGUUGGAACAGUUGCAACACUUGCAUAUAAUGAGGCAAGAAUUGAUACCAGAAAAAGAAAUUUAGCAGGAUAUACGUUAUUCUUUCUGAGCACAUUAGCGCUCCUACUGCUAGAUUUAGGCACAUCAGGAAAAGGAGGACUAGGAAAUUAUAUUGGCAUAUGUAUACUUGUUGCUGCUUUUGGAGUUGCUGAUGCCCAUGUCCAAGGAGGAAUGGUUGGAGACCUAUCCCUGAUGUGCCCUGAGUUCAUCCAAUCCUUCUUAGCUGGUCUUGCUGCAUCAGGGGCACUCACAUCUGCUUUACGGCUAAUGACAAAAGCAGCCUUUGAAAAUUCUAAUAAUGGCCUUCGCAAGGGAGUUAUUCUAUUUCUUGCCAUCUCGAUAUUCUUCGAAUUCCUAUGCAUUCUGCUGUAUGCAUUCAUCUUUCCUAAACUGCCAAUUGUAAAGCACUAUCGUGCAAAAGCAGCUUCAGAAGGAUCAAAAACUGUCUCAGCUGAUUUAGCCGCUGCUGGCAUCCAGACCGAGGCAAAUGAAACAGUACGAAAGUUUCUUUUGAUCUAUAUGUCCAAGUUUCUGAUGAACUGUUCAUUUGACACCUUAAGACAGCUUUUGCCAUCCAUGCAGGUCGAUGAUGACAAAUAUCCUGAGCGCCUGAGCACCAAACAAUUACUCUUUCAGAACUUUGAUUAUGCUUUGGACCUCUAUCUGAUUUAUGUCCUAACUUUAUCUAUCUUUCCUGGCUUCUUAUAUGAAAAUACUGGACACCACAAGUUAGGCUCCUGGUAUGCUGUUGUUUUGAUCGCAAUGUACAAUGGGUGGGAUCUCGUAUCAAGAUACAUUCCACUCAUGGAAUGCCUCAAGUUAAAAUCAAGAAAGGGCCUCAUGCUGGCAACAUUAUCUCGUUUCUUUCUCAUCCCUUGUUUCUAUUUCACUGCAAAAUAUGGUGAUCAGGGAUGGAUGAUAUUUCUCACGUCCUUCUUGGGACUGACCAAUGGUUAUCUCACAGUAUGCGUCCUCACUGCAGCUCCAAAAGGGUACAAGGGACCGGAGCAGAACGCACUUGGAAACUUGUUAGUCGUAUUUCUCCUUGGUGGCAUAUUUUCUGGCGUAGCCCUGGAUUGGUUAUGGCUUAUUGGCAAUGGGAAAUUCUGAGGAGGCAAUAUUUUGAUGAUAUUUUACCACGAAGCAUCUGUAGGUGAGUGUUGAAUAUUGAUGCAUGGAUAGUCGCCAGGAUGUCUGUUAGGGGAUGUCAAAUUGUAUUUACAAAUUGCUAUAUAUGCUGAAUUCACAGCUGAAAUUGUUAUGUGUUUUGUAAAUCAAAAACCAAAACUCAA